AUGGACGAUAUCAUGGCUGUUGAAAAGAGCCCGGAGGAAAUUCCGGCAGUCUUGAAUUCCCGUCCACAAACCGGUCUAUCCUUCCUGGCACCAGAACCGGAGGACCUGGAGGACCUUUACAGCAGAUACAAGAAACUGCAACAGGAGCUAGAGUUUCUGGAAGUGCAGGAAGAAUACAUCAAGGAUGAGCAGAAGAACCUGAAGAAAGAGUUCCUUCACGCGCAGGAGGAGGUGAAGAGGAUACAGAGCAUCCCUCUCGUCAUUGGACAGUUCCUGGAGGCGGUCGACCAGAACACCGCUAUUGUUGGCUCCACUACUGGGUCCAACUACUACGUGCGCAUUUUGAGCACCAUCGACCGGGAACUGCUGAAGCCCAAUGCCUCGGUGGCGUUGCACAAGCAUAGCAACGCCCUGGUAGAUGUGCUGCCCCCCGAAGCUGACAGUAGCAUCAUGAUGCUUACCUCAGAUCAGAAACCAGACGUCAUGUACGCCGACAUCGGAGGCAUGGACAUCCAGAAGCAGGAAGUCCGGGAGGCGGUGGAGCUUCCUCUCACGCACUUUGAGCUCUACAAACAGAUUGGUAUUGACCCACCGAGAGGAGUCCUCAUGUACGGACCUCCAGGAUGCGGCAAGACCAUGUUAGCCAAGGCCGUGGCACACCACACAACAGCGGCGUUCAUCCGCGUGGUGGGAUCCGAAUUUGUACAGAAGUACCUGGGCGAGGGUCCCCGCAUGGUGCGCGACGUUUUCCGUCUAGCCAAGGAGAACGCUCCCGCCAUCAUCUUCAUCGAUGAGAUCGACGCCAUCGCCACCAAGCGUUUUGACGCGCAAACCGGAGCCGACAGAGAAGUGCAGAGAAUUUUGCUGGAGCUGCUUAAUCAGAUGGACGGUUUCGACCAGAACGUCAAUGUCAAGGUGAUCAUGGCCACCAACAGAGCCGAUACGUUGGACCCGGCCCUGCUCCGUCCCGGUCGGCUGGACCGAAAAAUCGAGUUCCCGCUGCCCGACCGCCGGCAGAAGCGUCUCAUCUUCUCUACCAUCACCAGCAAAAUGAACCUCUCUGAGGAAGUGGACCUUGAAGACUACGUUGCCCGACCAGACAAGAUUUCCGGAGCCGACAUCAACUCAAUCUGCCAAGAGGCCGGCAUGUUGGCCGUCCGCGAGAACCGUUACAUUGUCCUGGCCAAAGACUUCGAGAAAGCUUACAAGACGGUGAUCAAAAAGGACGAGCAGGAGCACGAGUUCUACAAGUAG